AUGGUAAACAGUAUUUUCUUCAAACAUGGCUGCACUGCACUUCUGACAGGAUCUACAUCAGGACUGUUAUUUUGGCGGUUAUUGGCCGAGCAGCUAGUCGACUGCUUAAAUCUGAUUGGACAGUCUAUGUCCUCGUCUAUUGGCUGGUUUUGCCUCGCUUGCUCUUCUGUGAUUGGCUGGUUGUCUCAGCAGGUUCCCGGAUCAAAAAUGGCGAACUUGAGGAGCUUGAAGGUGAGUUAGUUACAGCAAAAAGGUUACAUUAACACAUUCUCACUUUACGGCUGUAAUAUGUACACUGGGAGAGCUAUGGCUUGCUAAAGGGGUGUUUUCUGUGUCCACAGUCAUUUUUAUAAAGCACAUUAAUUACAGCAUGUCAUAGUCCCUAGCAAGCAGACUACAUGGACUAGCUCACAUAUACUGAGAUUGCAACCUAUUAUAUUUUAUUAGGUCCAUAUAGCACUAUCAUAUCCUCUUAAUACAUACAGGGGAUUGUGUAAUAAUAAGUCUAUUGGGCAAAGUUCUAAAAACAGGGUGGCUCUAGUUUAUGAGAUUUGCCCCAAAAUUACUCUUUAUACACAGCCCCCAUUGUGUAGUAAAACCAAAACCCCAAUUUGUUAUUCCUAUGCAUUCUUUUAUUUUCCAUAAACUGACAUUUCUGAUCCCUACACUUAAUGACUCUUAUUUUAUUGUGUGGUGUUAGUUGUACCUACCUACCUGUGCGAGUUUGUAAAAUGUGUUGAUUUUUGCAUUUGUGCUAUGCUGUCUAUUUUGGAUUCCUUGCAAUAAAUGUAAGUGCUUGAAGUAUAAUGUGACAUUGGGGUUUAACCAUUUCUGUUUGCCAGAGCAUAUGAUAUGAUUCUUCAGUGUAACGAUGCUCCGAUAUUUACUGAAAUAACUGUGCAUGUCCUAGAGAAUGUAAGCUCUUUUGAGCAGGGUCCUCUUUAACCUAUCGUUCCUGUAAGUUUUCUUGUAAUUGUCCUAUUUAUAGUUAAAUUCCCCCCUCUCAUAAUAUUGUAAAGCGCUACGGAAUCUGUUGGCGCUAUAUAAAUGGCAAUAAUAAUAAUGUCCUUGACAGACAUGCUUACUGAACUGCCACAAUAAAUAUAAAGGCAAAGUUUGCCUAAAGUGAUUUUUGCAAUGUAGAAAUCUGUAAUAACUUUUGGCCAGAAAUAAUGUGUAAACUUUAAACCUUGCAAUUAUUGUGAAAAUGUCUACUUGACUAAGUCUGUUUGUUUUAUUUUUUAUUAUAUAUGUACCUUUAACAGGGCCUGGUUGGCAUAGUCACUGGAGGAGCCUCUGGUCUUGGUCGUGCCACUGUAGAGCGGUUGGUGCGCCAGGGAGCCAGCGCUGUCAUCGUAGAUUUGCCCAAGUCUGAAGGAAGCAGUGUGGCUCAGUCUUUGGGGGAUAAGUGUGCCUUUGCUCCAACUGACGUGCGUAUACUUAGAUACCUCACAUGCUUUUAACCAAAAUAAUGCUGAUAUACAAACACGUGCUGUUGUGUAUUUAAUUUGUGUCAGAAUGUUGCUUUAUUUGUAAGUAGCCAACUAAUAGCAUGGGGAAUGAUUAGGUACACCACUUCCAUAAGCCGCUAAUGCAAACUCUAAAUUAUUUCAAUACAUUGGCGCAAUGCAUCUUUUAAUCUUACAUCCACACAUGUGCUAGGGUACAAAUGGAGGGGGUGUCUAUGGAAGUCCAUCAAUAGUUUAAACCUUCUGAGAUGAUCUUAUCCAUGAGUGUUGAGAUUCCUUAUCUAUUUAUUGCACAUUGCUAAAAAAGAUGCUUUUCCCACCGGCCUUCAUUUGCAUUUCACUUGUGAUGGUUGUUUUUGCCUAUCUCCAAUACUGGUACAUGAAAGAGGAUACCGUUGAACAUCUACUCUUAAGAGUUUCAUUUUGUAUAAAUACUUUGGGAUUAAGAUUCACAUUUAUAUACACAGAGUCCAUUUUUUAUGAUUAAACCUAGGUGACCUCUGAGGCUGAUGUGAAGAACGCAUUGCAGUUGGCGCAAUCAAAGUUUGGACGUGUUGAUAUUUUGGUUAACUGCGCUGGGAUUGCUGUUGCAUUUAAGACAUACAAUGCAAACAAACAGCUUCCCCACAGUUUGGAGGAUUUCCACAGAGUUGUAAAUGUGAGUUUACAUUUUGAAAUGGAAAUUGUUAUUGCGUUAUUUGAUAAAUUUAAACAUUUUUAUUGUUCGUGUUUGUCAAGCAAAUUUAAAUGGUGUAUGUGCAUCUAAUAAUAUUUAAACUAUAUAUUGUGCUAGCUAGUGUUCAGGUAAUGUCAUGAAUUUCCAAUAGAGGGCAUAUUACAUUUAUGUCAUGGGCUUUGAAGGCUGGUUAUUUGGAGAUAAAGGACCGCUGUAGGCACCCAGACCACUUCAGCUCAAUUAAGUGGUCUGGGUGCCUGGUCCAUCUAGAGUUAACCCUGCAGCUGUAAACAUAUCAGUUUCAGAGAAACUGCUAUGUUUACAAUAGGGUUAAUCCAGCCUCUAGUGGCUGUCUCAUUGACAGCCGCUAGAGGAGGUUCCGCGCUUCUCACUGUGAAAAUCACAGUGAGAAGACGCUGACGUCCAUAGGAAAGCAUUAAUUGAAUGCGCGAGCGGCUCUUGCUCCUUCCUCUCCCUUCAGCCCGGCGAGAGUGGGACCCUGAGGGUAGGGGGGAGAAGUGCAUUUUUGUUGAGUUUAUCCUUGCAUUCAUGCAGCACAAUGGUCUGGACUUGCCUUUACAAAUCAAGCCAAAAUGGCUUAUUUACUAGAGUAAGCAAAAAAUCUGGGACACAGUGCUACAAAUUCACUAUUUAAUAGAUGAGACCUUGGUCUUUAUUACUUCAGUGCAUUAAUAGUACUAGCAGUAUUGACUGUAAAAACAUUGUUCAGAAAAAUUCAAUAUAUGUUUGUCUCCAUAGGUGAACAUCUGCGGGACUUUUAAUGCUAUCCGCCUGGCUGCUGGUGAAAUGGCAAAGAAUGAACCCAAUGAGGAUGGGCACAGAGGGGUGAUCGUUAACACGGCCAGUGUUGCUGCCUUUGACGGACAGGUUAGACUUCAUGUUUCUCCUCAAACUAUUCUGUUUUUGGCACCAGAAAGAAACCGUGUUGAACUUGAUGGACUUAAGUCUUUUUUCUUCUUCAUCCUAGAUUACUGUGUAAUAGUAGACUAACUAUACAUUCCAUUUGAUAGACCUGUUAUUCUAAAUGAUAUGAAAAUGAGGCAGAGAGCACAGUGUUUGUAUGGGUUGUCAUUGUUUUACUAUAAGGGCUUAAUGACAUGCACUGUGUAUUGUGUGGUGAAAAAAUUGAAUUGAAGAUUCAGUCUAAGCACUAUCAUUGCAAAGAGCAUCCCACACUGCUUUUUGAAUGACUUAUAACGUCAGGCGUUUGUAAAAAUUGCUGCUAUAAGCCAACCCAUCUAGCUUAGACUUUGGUAAGGAAAAUUUUUUACUUCUUCGCUAUAUGCGUUUUUGUCCUACUUAUGUCUGAUAAUGCAUGUGGAACUGCAGCUGGGGGAUAAACUCCUCUUAAACCCCUGUUAUGUUUUGUUUCACUGCUGCAUAUAUAGAUCUGUUUGCCUUCAUCUUGGUAACCUGUAAACUUGGUUUUCACAUCCCCUGACAGGUGGGACAGGCGGCAUAUUCAGCCUCCAAAGGAGGGAUUGUAGGGAUGACGCUCCCUAUUGCACGUGAUCUGGCUCCUAUUGGGAUCAGAGUAAUGACCAUUGCCCCAGGUAAUCCACCAUCAUUUUGUUAAAGUCUGGCAUUUUUUAUGCGAAUAGACAUGUGUGAUUAGAACUCUACAGCUUUAGGAUUUCUGUGCGGUUGUACCAUGCUAUAGAUUGGCUUAUGCAAUGAUAAUCAAGGUUUAACCAAGCUAAACUGUUUAGCAUGGUAUCUGUGUGCAUGCAUCUUGUUAAAGUUCCUCUAAUCCAUAUGUCUUGAGUUUACUUUUUUAAUACUAAUAGUUCUUGUAAACACCAUUUUCUUCCCCAAAAGGUUAGAGAAGUAGCUAUUUAUGUUUGUGCGCUACUGACAUCUCUACAUCUACUGGGAUGCCUUCUGCUAUUUACUGUACUAUGUAUAGAUAAGUAAAUAGCUACAUAUUCAUAUGGGCUUUAUUCACUAUAUAAUGAUUUGUAGUGAUAUAAAUAUAUAGUUAAUAAAAAUGUGGUUAAUUAUUAAAGGAUCACUAUAGUGUCAGGAAAACAAACCCGUUUUCCUGACACUAUAGUGCCUUAAGGGUGCCCCCACCCUCAGGGUCCUCCUCCCUUGGCGCUGAAGGGGUUGAAACCCCUUCAGCAGCUUACCUUAAUCCAGUGCCGGGCUCCCUCGCGCGAGCGCUUUCUCAAUGCUUUUCUGUGGACGUUCUGCACGCUGAAUGCGAAUUUCGCAACCAGCGUCACAGAUGCGCCUCUAGCGACUGUCAGGAAGACAUGAUUCUGUAGUUGUUUUGGAAUUAAAUAACAUAACGCUAUAGCAGUAUUUGACUUUUUUUUUUUUUUUUAAAUCUUUUCAUUAAUAAAUAACGAAAAAAGAAAUAAAUAAAAUAAUGAUCAGGGGAAUGGCAAAUUUUUAUUUUUUUAUUUUUUUUUAAUUCGAGUUCCUCCCUGACAACAUUUUAAAGGAUUCCUCAAACAAAACAAAAACCCUGUUUUUGGUCAGAGUAAGUCUUCACUGGUACUGGUACUGUUCCCCACCCCAAGAAUAAAUAAAUAAUAAAACAACUAAAACUGUUCCAGCACCUAAGCCAUUGAAUAUUUGUUUUUGAGAUGCAACUAGGCCAAAAUUGGGUACCUGCAUAUUUCGCUUUCCAUCCCCUCCUGCAAUUGCCUUAGAACUCUGUCCUUUUUUUUUUUUUUUCAGGUUUAUUUGCAACACCUCUUCUUGCUGGACUUCCUGAGAAAGUGAGGUCAUUCUUGGCGAAGCAAGUACCUUUUCCCAGCAGGUUAGGGGACCCAGCAGAGUAUGCCCAUCUGGUACAGGCCAUUGUUGAGAACCCUCUGCUUAAUGGUGAAGUUAUUCGACUUGAUGGUGCCCUUCGUAUGAUGCCUUAAGUUAACAAACCUUCUUUCCCAUUGGGACCAGCCUGGCCCUCCGUCCAGAUGUUGCUAAAUCCCACAAGCAACAGUGCUAAAUGUUUCAUACAUUUUUGAGUGUACAGGGACUAGAGACACAAAAGUGUUUUUCUGGACAUGUUGCCCAUAAUUGGUAAAGGAAUACCUGGAAAAGAAUGUAAUUGAAACCAACACCUGUCCUGUGUAUCCAUGUAUACAGCUAGUUUGGGUGAUUUAUUAUGCGAAAUUGUAACCUUGAAUCGCUGUUGUGACUUAAUUUUGGUUUUGUAGACAAUAAAACCGCAUAGAAAUGGUUCAUAAUACAAUAAUAUGGUGCAUUUUGGCACCUGGGGGUUGUAAUAUAAAUGUUGGUCCAGUGAACUUCAUUGAAAGCUAAAAUGAUUGUGUAGUGGAAUAUAGGGUUAUCCAAUCUUUAAUAAACUGAUGAUCAAAAAUCUUAAACACUUGUUCUACAUUGUUUUUAAAGUUUGUUGUGAAACCUU